AUGGACGAAAACAAAAAUGAAGAAGAUAUAAAUAAUUCGAUACAAGCCAAUGAAGAAGCAAAGAUAAACAACAAUAGUAAACUAUCUAAGUCCACUCAAAUGUUGUUGGAAAAAAAUUCAUUAAAAUUACAAGAACUAAUCGAAGGAAGUUAUAAAAAUUGUAUAAUAAAAAGUGAUAGAGAACAAUAUAGACAGUAUGUGCCUAGAAUGCUAUGGGGGAAUCCAUGUAAAUAUUUUCCUGCAACACCCUUAUUGGAAUUUCAAAGCCCCGAAUUAUUUGAAAAAUUUAAUCUGGAUACACUAUUUUUUAUAUUCUACUAUCAACCAGGAACUUAUCAGCAGCAUUUAGCUUCGAAAGAGUUGAAAAAAAAAUCAUGGAAAUAUCACAAAAAGUACACAACUUGGUUUUUCCCUUAUGGAAAUACUAUCCGAAUUUCAAAUGAUAAAUCAGAGAAAGGAACCUAUUUUUCAUUUGAUUAUGAAACAACUUGGUCCAAUCAACUGAAAGAAAAUUUUUUAUUUGAAAAUAUAUAUCUCGAAAAUGAGACACCCAUAUAA